UGUAACGAGAGAACCAGUCGCUGGCCGACUGCUGGAACAACGCCUUCUCUUUGCGCCACGGACGGCUUGUGAGCAAUAUGUGCUUAGAUUCAUUUGUAUAGAAAGCCAUAAGUUAGAUAACUGCGUACAUACUCAAACGUGAUUUGUGUAAAUUUUUUUCAAUACCACAAUGUCUGGUACCGAAGAUUUAAACGAUGAGCCAGAAUUUACCGCCGAACACAAAUUAGUGUUGGAGACAGAAAUUAAAACUACCGGAACUCCAAAAAUAGUCGACCCGCUAACCAAGGCUAUAGGAGAAAUCGGGAAAUGGCAAAUAUGGAUAUGUUUUGUGGUGUUCCUCGUGAAAUUCCCAGUUGCCUGGCACCAAAUGAGCAUCAUCUUUCUUGCACCUCCGAUGAAAUUUACUUGUUCCGGAAAUGAAACUUUCGGUUCCAAAUGUCUAUCUAACUGCACCGAGUACACAUAUGAUCACAGUGUUUUUGGCGAAACUAUUAUUUCGCAGUGGAACCUCGUUUGCGACAGACACUGGCUCAAAAAUCUAACUCAGACUAUUUUCAUGCUUGGGAUUCUCGUUGGGAAUAUGGUCUUCGGUCAUCUUUCCGACAGGUACGGACGAAGACUGCCAUUCUUGGCAGCAGUAUUCCUUCAACUUAUAGCAGGAGUGACCACCGCUUACUCUGUUAACUGGUACAUGUUCACGUCGCUCCGGUUCCUAUUAGCCAUAGCUACGGGAGGCACCAUGGUCACUAGCUUCGUCCUUACUAUGGAACUUAUUGGCACAAGAUAUAGAGAUACUGUUGGAAUAAUUUAUCAAAUCCCCUUCAAUUUAGGGCAUCUUACAUUACCACUCUUUGGCUACUACUUACGAGACUGGAACAUGUUUCAGCUAGCAAUUUCAUUGCCAUCCAUCUUGUUUCUGAGUUACUAUUAUUUGCUACCAGAAUCGCCAAGAUGGCUUUUAACUGCUGGAAGAAUUGACGAUGCCUUGAAAAUUAUUAAAACUGCAGCGAAAAGAAACGGACGACCGACUGAGAAUUUACAAUCGUCAGUGCAGAAGAUGGCGGUUGAAGUCACCAGUGAUGAAGAACGAGCAUCCCUGCUUGCACUAUUCCGGACCCCACGACUGCGCACGCGAACUCUUGCAAUUUGCUAUAAUUGGUUCGUUUGUGGCUUCUGCUUCUUUGGAGUUUCCCAAUAUAUCGGACACGUCUCUGGAAACAUCUUUACAAAUGUUGCAAUUUCAGCGGCUAUUUUGGUACCAGGCACGCUAAUUUCAAUAUACGCCAAUCGGAUUCUGGGCAGGAAAAUAACUCUUAUAAGUUCCAACUGCAUCACCGGCCUCAGCUGUCUACUUAUUAUAGUUGUUCCUAGCUCUACCGCAAGCCACUUGACUCUCGGCUGCAUCGGGUUAUGGGGCAUGAGCAUAUCUUUCGCCACCGUAUACCUGUACGCUGGAGAACUGUUCCCGACUGUCGUAAGAAAUUCUGGCGUAGGACUCUCUUCAACAAUGGCUAGAAUCGGGUCUAUGGUAGCGCCUUUCGUUGCUACAUUGGCUCAUACUAGCGCUUGGUUACCACCACUCGCUUUCGGUAUCAUACCACUGAUUGGCUCCGUUCUUUGUGUCCUGUUGCCGGAUACACGCGGGAAGAAACUGCCCGACACACUAGAGGAAGGAGAAGCGUGAAAUAUUUCGACAUUAUGUUAUUAAAAACUGAAGUAUUUACAACCACUACAAUACAAUACAACAAUACAACGUAUUACUACAAUACAGUAGUUUUAAGACGUGUUUUUGUAAAAUAACUUUACAUAUCAUUAUGUAAAUAUUAAGGACGAAAUUCUGUCGUUGCGGUGAAUGUUGUUUCAUAGAUAUACAAAGAUAAAUAAGAGUAUUUUACCCUAAGUCUUGCUUAUUACUCGAUCGAAACCUUCAA